UCUAAGCCCUUUGAAUUGUACGUUUAGGAUAUCCACAUUACAGUUUGCUUUUACUUCUUCUUUGAAUGGUGGCCCAUUGAGUAGUAACUAUGGAAAGUAACAAGUUAAGCAACAUAUCAAACGUGUCAUUUCCUUCAGCCACAAAUGUCUUGAGCAGUUAUUGCCCCAUUCAACUGGAACUCGCUGUAAAAAUAGACAUGAAACUACAUGAUUACAUUUGUGGAUUUAAAUCUCUGGAUGAAUUACUGUUGGCUGUAUUCCUUUAAAAUAAAAAUAUGUUUAAAAAAGAGAAAUAAAGAGAAAUAUUGCAAGGGGCUGUAGCUUUCUGUGUAAUUUACAGGUCACUGGAUUAUAUGUCUGCUUGUAUUUAAUCUGGAAUCAGAAGAUGUUGCCUUCCUUGUGAAGCUUGAUAUAUUUCACUAGUAACUGUCAUUGAAAAGAAAAUCUGAUGAUCAUUUGAUACUACAGAUGGAGGCUAUCACUUGUGGGUUGACGCUUAUUCAACGAAGGAAAAUUCUGUGUCUUGCAAACAGCAGUGCCACUUCUUCUGAAUGUCUGCAGUGACAGGCAGCUAGACAACAGACAGCGUUUAUAUAGCCUGAAUUGUGCAUUGGAUUUGAAAUGAUGACCAUCGCGUGAAUACUGGUAUUUAUACUUACUCAGAAUCAACACAGCUUCAUUGGCUUCAAGACAGUGUUAAAAAGCAGGUCAUCUGGCCCUUUCUGAUACAGAGAAUCAUGCACAUCACAGGAGUUGAAAGACUGAUCCUCAUUGGUGGUCUGCUGCAAGGUGUUCUGUGCCUCGACUUUGCAGCUCUGAUGCCUCAGAAUAUAAAGGCUCUGAGUGGAUCUUGUGUGAACAUUCCCUGCUCAUUUACACUGCAAUUAGGAUUUGAGUCGUUCCUCACAACUUCAUGUAAAGGAAUAUGGAGGAAAGGGUGGCCAGAAGUACAGGUGUUUGAUUCUAGUCUCACAGGAACAGGCAGAAACAUCAUUCAAGGGAAUCUAACUGGGAACUUGCAGCAGAAGGAAUGCACCACAAUCCUGAAUGACCUCACAUCUUAUCUCAAUGACUACUUUUCAUUCAGAAUUGAAUGUGACAAUUAUCUGAAAUAUAAUUUUCCAGAACUUGUCACAAUUUAUGUAGAAGAAAAUCCUUCCAAACCCACUCUAAGUCCAGCAACAGUAAAUGUGAUGGAGGGGACCUCAGUGAGUCUGAUCUGCUCUGCUGCAGCCCCCUGUCCCUCACUCCCUCCAACUCUGACAUGGACCCCCACACUGAGUAACAGUGUGGAGGAUUUGCAGGUGACUCCGAAUCGAGUCAUAACUUCUAUCCUGAACUUUACCGCUUCACAUGUCCACCAUGGGGAGAAGAUCUCCUGCACUGCGCUGUACAAACGACAAGCUGGCAAGAGUGAUAAAUCAUCCAAAACUGAUCUGACAGUCGCUGUUCUUUACUCUCCCAAGAACACCUCAGUGUCAGUCAGUCCCUCUGGUUCAGUGGUAGAGGGCAGCUGUGUGACUCUGACUUGCAGCAGCAAUGCUAACCCAGCAGUGGGGCGCUACAACUGGUACAGAGUUAUUGGAGAGCAGGUUUCAACAGUGGGGGCUAGCAUAAUGCUAACUGUCCAGGUACCAGCAGAUGACAGUUAUUUCUACUGUGAAGCCAUCAAUGACCAUGGAACCAAGAACUCAUCUGUCAUUCAACUAAAUGGAAUGUACCCUCCCAGGAACACCUCACUGUCAGUCAGUCCCUCUGGUUCAGUGGUAGAGGGCAGCUCUGUGACCCUGACCUGCAACAGCAAUGCCAACCCUGCAGUGAAGAACUACACCUGGUACAAAAUCAAUGGGACUGAUGCUGUCCUUUUAGGAUCUGGAGAGAGCUUCACCUUAGACAGUAAAGCAAGUGAUAGCGGGGAGUACUGCUGUGAAGCACUGCAUGCACUCGGUACAGAAAAAGCCACAGUUGUUCAGCUGGAUAUUCAAUAUCCCCCCAAGAACACCUCAUUGUCAGUCAGUCCCUCUAGCUCAGUAGCAGAGGGCAGCUCUGUGACUCUGACUUGCAGCAGCAAUGCCAACCCAGCAGUGAAGAACUACACCUGGUACAGAGUUGAGGGAAGGGAGAAGGACAUUGUCGGGUCUGAAGAGGACCUCAACAUCUCCAGUGUGACCAGGCUUUCAAAUGAAAAGUACUACUGUGAGGCUCAGAAUGUCCAUGGACUGCAGACCUCUGAAGCCAUCAGUAUCGAUGUAACGUUUGCUUCAGAGAUCCUGAACACCUCUCACUGCAUCAGGAUUUCAGCUACAUCUCAGAUCAGAUGUUUCUGUGAUAGCUAUGGGAACCCUGCUCCCACACUGGUGUGGCAACUGGCUGGAGAGUCUGUCAAUCACUCCACUAACACCAUCAUCAGUGAGGAGCCAAUGGGCCGAGCAGGCCUGAGCAGCUCCCUCACCAUCCACCAAUCACAGAAAAUACAGAGUCUGGUCUGCCUCAGCUCCAACUUUAUUGCUUUUGACAGCUUCUCAUUUGACUUAACAUCAAUGAAAACAUUGGAAGGUUUCCAUCUUCCCUCUCUGUUGAUCGGGGCUGGUGUGGGGGCAGGAGUGAUGAUGCUCCUAUGUAUCCCACUGCUUCACUUCUGCAAGCAUAGGAGACCCAGGCAGUCACCAAACAAAAGACAGAAGGACACAGCAGAGUUCAUAGUGACGGAUGAGACCCUCUUUCAGGAGGAGGACAAUGUCUAUGCAAAUAAAGCCAUGCUGGAUGAGGCCCUUGGGCCCAACAGGACAGUGGACAGGGAAAUCGACGACACAGACCUCCUCCACUACGCCAACUUGAACUUCUCCAAACUCCAGGCCAAGGUGGCCGAGCGGGGGGUGGGGGAGGGAGAGAUCAGGGGAGUCGCCUCCAAAACGACAGAGUACGCAGUGAUCCGCCUGCACUCCACAGGCAGUAUCGAGGGAGGGGCUGAGAAGAAGGAGGCCAUUCCUGCUCUGGAGCAGGGGGAGCACGCUGAGGACCAUGGAGCUAAAGUCUUGGAAGAAUCCCAGGCAGGGCACGAGAGUGACGAGGAAGAAGAAGUUGCAAAGGAUUCUGCGCUGCCAGAGCUACAGGGUGUGACUAAUUAUGCCCUCAGUGUCCAGGAGUAUACAGAGGCCCCACUGGGACAGUCUGAGCAGCACAACACAGCAGAAACUGCAGUGGACGAGGUGACACUGCUUUCUGAGCCGAAAGAUUCCUCUAAUGGUGAAGAGGAGGAAACAUAUGGGAACAUAUGUCGUGGUCAGGUCAUAUCUGAAGCAAAUUGUGGACAACCUGAGUUAGAUAGGAGGAAGAGUAGGAGAGUGUAAAGGCAUAGUAAGCUGAUGUAUAGAGGGAGUAAAGCUUAAAUGCAGAUAAGGUUGAGAAAAAUCACCCAUAAUGCACUGCAGAGAAAUCCUCGUCACCUUCCAAACUAGAACCACUAUGUCCACCUUUUUUUUAACACCAGUUAUUCUACAGUGUCUGUUCAUCAGUUGGAUUUUCAUCUCUAUAUAUACAAUAUAUACAAAAGUCUGUGGACACCCCUUCAAAUGAGUGGAUUCGGCUAUUUCGGCUUAAAAUGAAAUCCAAUAAGGAAAUACAUUAGAUUUUGUCCUGCUGAUCUACACAACCAACACAUUUUCAAAGUGAAAGAACAAUUCUAUAUAUAUUUUUCCAAUUGAAUAAAACAAAAAAACAAAGAUGUCUUGAUUGCGUAUGUUUUCACACCCCAGAGGUAAUACUUGGUGGAAGCACCUUGGGCCGCCAUUAUAGCUGUGAAUCAUUUUGAAUAAGGUUCUACUAACUUUGCACAACUCUUAGGCUAACACAUACCCAUUGUUUUUUGUCCAAAUAGCUCAAGCUCAGUAAAUUUGGUUUGGGAGUCAUUGAUGGACAGCAAUAUUCAAACAUUGUCUCUAAUUGUCAAGCAGAUUUAAGUCAGCACAAGCCACAGUACUUGAAAAUACAGAGGGUUUCACUCUGUGUUGUAUAGUUCUGGAUUUGGCCCGUGGUUUUUAAUUUAGGCCAGAAAAAUGCAUUUCCCGUGUUGUCUUGCAGUAUUACUUAACAGCCUUGUUGCCAACAGAAUGUUUGAUUUGAAGUGGAUUUUUUUUAACACAGGCUUCCUCCUUUUCACUUUUCUAUAGAGGCUAAUAAUGUGGAGUGAAUGCAAUGUUGUUGAUCCUCCUGUUUGUGGUGGAAACAAUGUGUUAUUGGUGUGCUUGACCUCAGCAGGGAUUGGAGAGUUUGUCAGGAUCAUAAUAAAUAUGAAAGGAGUAAAGCCCAGAUUAACAAAACCCAGAUUAACAAAACCCAGAUUAACAAAGCCCAGAUUAACAAAGCCCAGAUUCAGUCUUCUGAAUACCAAACACUGGGAUGGAGUUGUAUUUUUCAGCGAGUCAAUUGUACACAUUUGAAUCUCAAAGACACACCAGAAUGGCUUUCCAAUAGCUGUUGACUGCUUCUGAAUGGUCCAGUGUGGUUCAGUCCUGACUUAAAUCUGCAUGAAAAUUUGAGACAAGGGGCUGGACUCAAUCCGUAUCGCUGUAGUCAAAUCCAAUGAAAAUCAAAUCAAGAAGCUGAUUUUCAAGGUUUGAAUUUUGCUGUCCAUCAAUGACUCCCAAACAAAUUUACUGGGCUUGAGCAAUUUUGACAAAAACAAGGUGUAUAUGUUGCCCUAUGAGGUGUUCAAAGUUGGUAGAAUCUAAUUCAAAAUGAUUGACAGCUCUAAUGACUGCCAAAGGUGCUUCCACCAAGUAUUUACUCUGGGGUGUGAAGACAUAAUUAAGACAGCUCCGUUAUUUUUUUAUUUAUUUAUUAAUUUGGAAAACGUUCUGUAUUUUUUUUCUUUCACUUUUAAAAAGUAGAGUAAGUUAUGUACAUCAGUAGGAAAACAAUCAAAUGUCAUACAUUUUUUAUUUACUUUUAAGGCAGCAACAUUUUAAGACUGUGCGGGGGGGGGGGGGGGGGGGUGUACACUUUCACUAGGCACUGUGUAUGUUUUUUUAUUCUGACUUUUUAACUGUGUUUUUAUAGAUUAGUGUCGCUCCUUACAUACAUUUUCAAUGAAUUAAAUGUUCAUCUUGCAACAGUUAAGAGUGUAAUAUUUGUUUGUUUUUCUAAGUUUUGUUCCUCUUCUAUGAAUUUGUAACUUAUUGUUGCACAGAAAAUGUGUAUUUAUGAACUUACAAAAUGUGUGUGAUGGUUAUGAAUCACUUCAACAUGUUGUAUUAUUGUUUUUAUUGUCUUUUUUUAUUGAAAAUGUAUUUACAAUGUUUAAAGCUGAAUACAGGUGAAUACAGGUUACAAGCAGUCAGUAAUUUCAGCAUGAUUCAGUAACUAUGUAAAGUCAGAAGUCAGUAAUAAUGCACGUUGCAAUGUUAAACAAAUAUGAAGACAUGGUGUCAGUUGCAUAGCAUAUACACAAUAGCACAUCCUGUAAUAUGGGAAAUUUCUAAACAGUGAAGCAUUUUUGGUUUGACAGCCUAGUAAGCACACAUUGCAUUGAUGUACCACACGAUGUUCAAACCCACUUUGAAUGACGUCAAUAAACUCUGUUUUCUGCCAUUGUGGUCUUGACUGACUUGUAAUUUCAAAGUACAGUUAAGGCAACUACCGGUUCUUGAAUGUGUUUUUAUUGCUAACUAUCCAGAUAUAAAGCACUAGUCAAAAGUUUGGACACACUCAUUCAAGGUUUUUCUAUAUUUUUACUAUUUUCUAAAUUGUUGAACAAUAGUGAAGACAACAAAGCGAUGAAAUAACACAUAUGGAAUCAUGUAGUAACCAAAAAAGUGUUGAACAAAUGAAAAUAUUAUAUUCUUCAAAG